CGCCCAGCCCGCCUGGAAAAUGGAGGCUGUGGAGGCCAGCACCCUUCAGCAGGAGAGGCUGCAGGCCAUUGCGGAGAAGCGGAAACGUCAGACGGAGAUCGAGAACAAAAGGCGGCAGCUUGAGGAUGACAGGCGGCAGCUGCAGCAUCUCAAGUCCAAGGCUCUGCGGGAGAGAUGGCUGCUGGAGGGGGCCCCGACCUCAGCCUCCGAGGAGGACGAGGCCAUGAAGAAGCAGAUGCAGGAGGAUGAGGUGAAGACCAAGGAGCUGGAGGAAACCAUCCAGAGGCUGGAGAAGGAGCUGGAGACGCUGGAGAAUGGCAGCUCGGCAGCUUCCACCAAGGAGAACCUGGCGGAGGCAGCGGCGCCGGACAAGGAGGAGAAGGCAGAGGCCGUCCCCAACACGCAGAAGAGUCCCCUGGGCACGGUCAAGGGCGGUUGCCUCUCCUCUCCACCUCCAGCCGAGAAGAAGGUCUCCAGCAGCCCCAUGAAGGUGGUGGAAGGCACUGACAUGAUGAAGGCAGCCAUGUACUCGGUGGAGAUCACGGUGGAGAAGGACAGAGUGACUGGGGAGACCAAGGUCCUGUCCAGCACCACCAUGCUCCCCCAGAACCACUGUCUGCAGGGGGUCAAAGUGUACGAGGAUGAGCUGAAAGUGGUGCACGCGGUGAGCGCCGAGGAUGGGGCCCUGCAGAACGGGGCCCACCCCCUCAGCUCCUCCGAGGUCGACGAGCUCCUGCACAAGGCGGACGAGGCCACCCUGAGCGAAGCUGCCAGGCGCGAGGCCCCGGCCAGGGUGGGCGAGGAGGCCAGCGGCACCCCGGCCAGCCAGAAGCCAACGCCGCGGCGGGAGAUCACGGGGCUGCAGGCCAAGCCGCGGGAAAGCACCGCGGUGCUGCCGCCGGGCGAGGGGAUGGAGCCGAGCCGGGAGCAGCCUGUCACCAUGAUCUUCAUGGGCUACCAGAACGUGGAGGAUGAGGACGAGACCAAGAAGGUCCUGGGGCUGGAGGGCACCAUCAAGGCCGAGCUGGUGGUGAUCGAGGACGCCGAGAGCAAGCCGGAGCCGGCGCGCAAGGACCACGCACCGCCCAAUGGCACCGCACUGGAGCCAGCGGCCGCCCAGCCGCUGGGGGAGGAGGGCCCGGGUGGGCAGAAGCUGGGUGCCAACGCCACGGACGCCAAGGAGGCCGAGCAGGAGACGGACGUGAAGAAGCAGCGCUGCAAGUGCUGCACGGUGAUGUGA